AUGAGAGUCGUUUUCAUACCCAAGUCUAGCAGAAAUGGCUACAUAUUAACCAAAGACUUUAGGCCUAUCAGUCUCAUCUCCUUUGUUCUUAAAACAGAGAGCAGAUCAACUGAUACUGACCUGCACCAUCUCGUGGGCAGAGUUGAGGCACAGUUGGAGGUAAAGGAAUAUGUCUUGGGCAUCGAGGGAGCUUUUGAUAGCACCUCAUAUAAUGUGAUUAGGAAAGCGAUGACCAGGUAUGGCAUUCCAGCUGCGUUAGCAGACUGGACACAAAGCAUGCUUACAGGAAGAACCCUGACUGCUAGUCAUGUGGAAUCGGUGGUACAUGGCUUCCCCGCCAAAGGUUGUCUGCAGAGGGGAGUACUAUCUCCCUUACUGUGGUGCCUAAUGGUAGAUGAAUUUCUUGAGAAGUUGCGAAAAGCGGGUUUCCCCGUCUAUGAUUACGCUGAUGAUGUGGCCAUAGUGUGUCAAUCAAAAGGACUUAGGGCUAAUCCAUCAAAGACCAAGGCCAUGAGUUUCACCAAGAAAUAUAAACCCGAGGCCAUUGAGCCGUUAAGAUUCUGGCAUGAGAAAAUAGAAUACGUUCAAGUAAUGGGAAAGUCCUGGGGCAUUAAACUGAAUCCUGCCCUAUGGAUAUACAAAUCGGUAUUGUUACCAAGAUUAACAUAUGCUGCUGUGAUCUGGUGGCCUAGAGUAGAAAUGACGGAGGCAAGGAACCUGCUAAGAAGCCUACAGGGUAACUACCUAAGAGCAGCGGCAGGGGCUAUGAGAAUAACACCAACAGAGGCGCUGGAAGUAGCACUUCGUAUUCUUCCUCUAAAUCAACAAAUAAUCAGCACCGCCGGACUCACAGCAUAUAGACUAAGGUGUCAGGGGGAGUGGAGACAAUUCGGGACAGGUCAUACCAAGCUCGGGUGUCUCCACAAAUUUCCCUUUACACUGAAGCAAGAUAGAAUACCCAGAAUAUACCAAGUGAACAAGGCGUUUUCUGUAAACCUGUCCACUAGGGCUGAAUGGUAUCUGGAGCAAACGACCGCUUUGGAGCAGGUUAGCCACGGUCUUCCAAGCGAAGGUCUUGGCUAUCCUGGAAUGUGUAAGACUCUCUCAAAGGAGACCAUGAGCAGGAGGAUCCAUAGUUACACAGAUAGUAAAGCCGCUAUAGGAGCUCUUGCUAAGACCACCACUGAAUCAUCAGUGGUACCCGGCCAUCAAGGUAUCCGCGAUAAUGAGAUAGCGAAUGGCUUGGCAAAGCUGGGCACCUUAGAGGAACCAGCUGGCCAAAAAGUCGGCGUUCCCUUUGCCGUAGAGAAAAAUUACAUCAAGGAUCGGCUGAAGCGAGAGCACCAGGACUCUUGGAAGAAACUGAAAAGCUGUCGCCAGGCCAAACUCUUGAUGAGUCAGCCAUCGUCAAGCAGGGCUAAAGAACUGCUGGCUGUGGAUAAAGAUAGACUAAGAUUAAGUAUCGGUCUUCUCACUGGACACUGA